AAUCACCACAUUUACCUCACUCGCUUCAAGACCAAACAAAAUAAACUUUCGUAUAAAUAUUGCAUGUCCAGCUGACUAGGUAUCAGUCUCGUAACAGCACUCCACCAAUAGGUCAGUUGGCGCAAGCAAUUCAAACAGGAGAUCCAACAUGUUUAAGUUCAUUGUUCUGGUUGCCUGUUUGGCAGUUGCCGCAUUAGCGUACGAGGAUUACCACUCCCAUCCCAAGUACAAGUUCGAGUAUGGCGUGAAGGACUCCCACACCGGCGACAACAAGGAACAGUGGGAACAUCGCGACGGAGAUGCCGUCCAGGGAUCGUACUCUCUGCAUGAACCCGACGGCACUCACCGGGUGGUGAACUACAAAUCGGACAAACACGUUGGAUUCCAGGCCCAUGUGCAGCGUGCAGGACAUGCUCAGCAUCCGGCCGUGUACGGUGAACAUCACGGCGACCACGGACACGGCGGCGAAAGUUACGCCAACAUUGACCAGCAUCAUUGAGAGGUGAUGAUUUGGGGUAAAUUGUUGUUGGUGCUUUCGAGAGGGUGCGAGGGCAGUGGAUUGCUUAUUGCCGUGCAGUCAUAAAAGUAACGCACUGCACUGCCCAUGUUGACUGUGUAAUAAAGACUUCUUAUUUUAAACUAA